AAGUCACGAUUGGUUAAAGUAAAACAAAACGAAUGAAUAGAAGGGAUUGGGGUAAUCAGUUAACGUAAAUUAGUGAUGUUUUAGACCUACAAAAGGAUAUAAAUGCGUAGAAGUACGCAUUAAUACAAAGCCAUAUCUUGUUUUCCGACAACGGAAGGGUACCACAUCGCGGUUGAAGAAUGUGUGUUAAAUAAAAUGUCACGAUAAAAUCCUGCGAGCACUUAGACCGGAAGGGUAAGAUCUUCUAGACGAUCUUAUAGACCGUUAUCUAACAUGAGGAUACGAAUGAAGUAUAUAUUAUCUAUACUCUUGUUGGCUAUAGCCAUUGUGAUAGUGGUGGUCUUAGGACGGAUAUUUGAAUACGUGUAUCUUGAAUUUAUUUCUCACUCGCACUCAUACGGGCUCCAUUGUGCCAGCUGCCGAAAGUCGGGUGACACGCAUGCGCGUAUCCCGUCCCACAUUCACCAGGUUUUCUUCUUCGAAACGAGUCCCGAAAUUCCGUCGGACCUUGUUGCGGCGCGCCAAACAUGCCUGAAUAUACAUCCGGGUUACGGCUACACGCUAUGGAACAAGACGGCAAUCAAUCAGCUCAUCGACGCGCACUAUCCGGAUGUCCGGGAGCUCUACGAGAGCUACGACCACUGGGUGAAGAGAGCGGAUGUGGCCCGCUACUUGGUCAUUCACCACUAUGGCGGCUGGUACCUGGAUUUUGAUAUCGAGUGUCUGAACAGUUUCGACAAGCUUACCAAUAAAGCGUUUAAGGAAAAGCGCUCCAUCGUCGUGCGUCUGACCGACCCUGUGGGAUUCUCGAAUGAUUUCAUCGGGUCUACCCCACAUCACCCGUUCAUGGCGGAGAUCAUCUCGUCCCUCCCGAUGUCCAACCGUUGGUUCAUCUUCCCGUAUCCGUCCACAGUUCUCGUCACUGGACCCACGUAUUUCUGGGGCCGGUUUCUCAACUACGUCCACCAAGAGGAGUUCCUAGUGGUUGGCAAUCAUUCGGAAUACCUCCAUCUAAAGCACGGGUCCUCGUGGCACACUUGGGACGGCGUUCUCAUCUGGUACUUCUUCAACAGGGCCGGGUUCUUCUUCCUCAUAGUGUUCCUCGCCAUAAUGGCGCUAGCGGUUGUCCUCUAUCGUCGCAGGAACAUCCGGCAACUCAUCGACCUCAACCGGAACUUCGCACCCAACAAACACAUGCUUUUGCGUGAUGAUAUUACACAUCUUAGUUAGCACGGGGAUUUCCACAAACAAAAUUUUAUUAAUUCCGUCUCAAGUUAUUGUUGAUCCAUCCAUUAAAUAUUAAACACUAAUCUGUGUACAUUACCUUCAAAUUUUAAGCAAUUAUACCAGUUUAAAAAUUGACACCUUCCUUCAUAAACAAACUGAAAGGUGAGGGGUUAACCAUUAAUAAUAUUGGAAGUAAACAAAAAUUGGAUACAUGUGCAUAUAACUGGCGUUUUUGUGUGGAUUUUUCAAAUAUACACCGUUGUUAUAAAUUUCCUAUCGAAAUAUAUAGUUAACAUGUUUAUGAACAAACGUUUUUUUUUUUAAAGAAUAACCUCUUAUUUCAAAUACGGUAAAGAAAUCACGAUGUUUUGUUUAAAUAUUUACUUAUGAGUUCACUGCAUAUUGAUUAACUAGUACUUAUUUCAUGUGUGAAAAGAAAUCAGGGUAAUAUAUAGUUGUUUUACAUAUUUUAUUAAACAAUGUAAAUUACCACGAUACAUUUUUGACUUGCUGGUAAAGUAAACAGAAAUGAAAGUAUUUUAAUGUUUAAAACAGUGAAAAGAAAUCCCGGUAAAUGCGUGUAUCUUAUUCUACACAGUAUGUUUGUUUAAAGAAAGAAGUUCUAUUGUCUGAUUUCCCAGAGAAAUGCUAUGGUAUAAUAGGAUGUUGUUGUUAAUUGUAUGUUGUUUAAUUUUUUUAACAACGUUAAAUUAUGGUAUAUUGGUUUUUCUUUUUUUUUAAAAAGGGUAAAGAUACAGGGUUGUUGUUGCACUUACUAAAAUAGUACACACGCGCUGGUAGAUAUUGUUUUAGAAUGUGGCAAUAAACGCAUAGGAAUUGUUCAUGUAUAUUGUUUGGCCUAUUUAAACACUGUAACGACAAUACGGUGCAUGGAAUCGUGCAGUAUUUUUUAAUUAAAUGAAUGUGAAUGACAACUCAUUAAACAUGACUUAAAUAAAUGAAACUUUGCAUUUAUUUUAAAUACAUUUAUAUGAAAUUUAUAAAAAAGUUUUAAUUAAAAAAAAUUAUAUAAAGAAAUCAAUCAACUUUUGUCUUAAAAAUGUGUGACUUAUACGAGUACAUAACGCAAACUCGUUUUGCCAAUACGUACACGUAUAUGGUACCACAAAGUGCUCACGCAUGCCUUUUGCACGUGCUUAAUGCCUUUAUGACGACCACAAGUUCGAUCGGGCACCACGUGGUACAACAAAUAGAUACCCGC